AUGGCUGACAACCACAGCGGCACCGAGUCUCAUGUGACGGUCCAGCGGCGGACUCACUACUCACCACCAUGGGCAGAUGUCAGCAUCAUUGGCAUUGCUGGUAGUUCCGGCUCUGGGAAGUCGACGCUGUCGCACGCCAUUGUGAGCAAACUGAAUCUGCCCUGGGUGGUGAUUUUGUCCAUGGACUCUUUUUACAACCCCCUGAGUCCUGAAGAGUCUAAGAAGGCCUUCGACAACGACUUUGACUUCGAUGCGCCAGAUGCAAUCGACUUUGAUGUUCUUGUGCAAUGUUUGCGCGACCUCAAGGCUGGUAAACGGGCUGAAAUCCCCAUUUACUCCUUCUCCAAGCAUCAGCGGCUGGACAACACCACGACCAUUUACUCCCCUCACGUCAUCAUUCUGGAAGGAAUCUUUGCCCUUCAUGACCCCCGUAUCAUUGAUCUUCUGGAUAUGAGGAUAUUCUGCGAGGCGGAUGCCGAUACGUGCCUGUCUCGGAGAGUGUUGAGAGAUGUCAAGGAGCGUGCUCGCGAUGUAGAUGGUAUCAUGAAGCAAUGGUUCAAGUUUGUAAAACCCAACUUUGAAAAAUUCGUCGAGCCGCAGCGCAAAGUCGCAGAUAUCAUUGUGCCGAGAGGAAUCGAAAACCGCGUUGCCAUGGCCAUGGUUGUUCAGUACAUUGAGCGGAAGUUGAUCGAAAAGUCCACCCACCACCGGGCAGCACUCACCCAGUUGGAGUUGGCGGCUGCCAGUGACCCUCUGUCCGACAGAGUCGUGAUCCUGGACCAAUCGCCGCAGCUGAGAGGCAUGAGCACCAUCAUCCAAGAUAUCGAUACUUCUGCGGAAGACUUCAUUUUCUACUUUGAUCGCCUCGCCUGUCUUCUGAUUGAGCAGGCACUCAACAAUGUGCAGUUCAGAGAAAAGACCAUUGCCACACCCCAAGGUUACAAGUAUAACGGACUUCAGGCUACGGGCGAUGUAAGUGCGGUGCUGGUCCUUCGAGGCGGUGCUGCCUUUGAGACGGCCUUGAAGAGGGUCGUCCCCGACAUGCGGACAGGCAGAAUCCUGAUCCAGUCGAACGUACGAACAGGAGAACCCGAGCUGCAUUAUCUCAAGCUCCCGGACAACAUUGACGACCACGAGUCGGUCUUGUUGAUCGACACGCAGAUGGCCAGUGGAGGCGCCGCACUUAUGGCUGUGCAAGUCCUCGUCGACCAUGGCGUUUCUCAAGACAAGAUUGUCCUAGCAUGCUAUGCUGCUGGAAGGUUAGGUGUGCAUCGGCUUGCAAAGGUGUUCCCAGGUAUCACCAUUGUCCUGUGCAACAUGCUUGCAGACAUUGAGGAUCGUUGGGUCGAGAAGAAGUACUUCCGAUGCUAG